AUGUCGUAUGAGAACCCCACUAUCUUUGUGAGCAUGGCUACCGGUACGCAAGGUGGUGCCUUAGCCAGGCAGCUCCGAGGCUUAGGAUGGAACAUCCGCGCCACGGCGCGGGACCUCCAUCGCCCAGAAGCAAAGACCUUGCAGGAUAUCGGCGUCCACCUGACUCCUGGCGACUGGGAUGAUGAGGACGCCUUGCCCUUCAUCGGCUAUACCGCGAACUUGCUGGACUUUGAGGCCGCACAUCGACGAGCCCAGCGUGCAGUUCGUCUCGCCAGGGACGCUGGUGUCACACAAGCCAUCUGCACCACUGCGUUAGGUGCCGCCAUGCUCGAGGAGGGCAAAGCGCCGCCGAUCCCGCCCACGCCUCUCUUUGCUCAGCACUUUGCCAGCAAGAGGCGCGUGGAGAAGGCCGUGGAGGAGGGAGGCUUCGACAGCUGGACGGUCCUCCGACCCGGCUUCUUCAUGGCCAACUUCCUCGACCCCAAGGUCCGGUUUAGGUAUGCCGACGUUCCCGAGAAAGGUCAGUGGGCCAAUGUUAUGACACCGGAUAUGACCCUUGGCCUGGUGGAUCACGAGUACAUCGCCAAGUUCGCCACAGCUGCCUUUCAGGACCCAGCUAGGUUCAACGGCAUCCGCGCCGGGCUUAUGACGGAGGAGCUGCCCGUACAUGAGAUGUUGGACCAGCUCGCGGAGGCUAUUGGCGACGGGCGGGCACUCAAGGCGCACUUUAUGACGGAUGAGGAAAUCGACAAACCCAUUGCGGAAGGCUCGUGGGCUGUGUUUUCCCGUGAGCGGUGCGUGCGCUAUAUGGAUGUGCUGGCGAAUACUAAGGAGCUAGAGGUGCUAGUCCCGGGAUUGACAACAUUCAAGUAG